AUGGAUAAUUAUGAACAAAUUCCAGAAGACGUUAAGCAAGAAAUGUUAAAGUUGUGGGAAACAUGUUCAAAAAAUGAGUUGAUUAAUAAACUGAGAUCUUUAAGAGGGUCACCUGAAAAAAAUCUUGUUCAGUGUGGGACUGAUACAAAUUCAAAAGACUUUCCAAAUCAACAUAAUUUUCCUGAAACAGUUAAUGCUAUAAAUGAUGCUUUAGUUAAUACCCAUAAUAAAGAGCAAAACUAUGAUAACAAUAUUUCUUCCCAAUCCAAGGACAACUCUUUAUUCCUUGAAAUUAACCAACACUCUCAUCCUGUGAAUAAUUCUGAUUCAUUUAACUCUGAAGAAAAUGGUACUUUUGACUACGAUAGCAUUAAGAGUAAUCCUUUGUUUAAUCCUCUUGUACUUCUUCAGAAGAUUGAUUUGACAAAGAUUAACAAUGAAAUUUCUGGAGCACCAAAUUUUAUAACUGAAGGUAAAAGUCAGCAAGAUGUUGGUUUGUACGAUUCAUCAACAAAUAAAAUAAAUGGUGAAAAAAAGAAAUUGGUGCGCACUAAAACUAGUAAAAACAUAUCAAUAAAUGCUUCAGAUAAAGGUCUGUAUAAGUUGGAAGCUGACAAGUCUGUGGGAAAAGUGAGUAAGAUUUCACAUAAAGCUAACAGAAAAUCAAAUAAUUAUCUGCAGAAAGACAAUCAAUCUAGCAAACUAGAAGUAACUCCUCUUAAUGAGGGAUCUGAUAUUAAAUCGCCAAAUAAAAAAACAACCAGUGCUUCAAAAAAGUCAAUCCUAAAAAAAAAAGUGGACACUAAUGUAAAUAUGACAGUUACUGAUCCAUCUACAGCUGAUUCUAACAAGAAUUCUGCCCCUGAUAAAAACAAAAAUGUUGGUAUAGAGCAGCCUGCCAAAAAGAAGAGUGUUAAAUCGUUAAGAAGUAAUAAAAUUGAAGAGUCUUGUGAUUCUAUGCUCCCCUCUCCUAAAGAAGAUCACCCCAAUAAAGAGUUGGAUUUUAACUCUGAAAUAAAUGGCAUAAAGGAAGUUAAAAGGAAAAAAAUUAAUGAUCAUAAGAAAAACGUUGAUACUAACAUCACUAAAAAAUCUAGAAUAAAGAAACCCUUGCAGAAGAAUUUAAAAUUAAUUUCAAAUGCUGAUAUUGAGAAACAACCUACGGCCUUAAGUGACAAUGUUACAGAUGAAGUAAAUCUCUGUUUAAGUAGUAAAAUUUCUCCAAGUAAUCAUAUCAAAGUUUCAAAAUAUGCUGACAGUGAAAACAUAAAUUCAACUGAAUUAAACUUUAAUGAGGGAGCUACGCCCACAAGAGCCAGAUCUUUGAGGAAAAGAAAAAAUAAUGGACGUUUGUCAAAUAGUGAAAUUGCAUCAAAUCUGGAGCAGAAUGUUUUAAAGAAUAUCGCACAUAGUUCUGAUGUGGAAAUCAAGAAACAACAUUCAACUUUUAAUGUUCGAAAUGUAGAUGAGGGUUUAGUUAAUAAAAUUUCUUUAAAUGAUAAGGUACCAGUUUUUGUGUCUCCCGCUGUUCCAAUGCAAUCUACUUCUGAUGACCAUGUGUCUGUCACAAAAUCUGCAUCUUUGAAAAAAAUGAACAAUGAAAGUUUGUCAAAGAGUGAAACAGUAUCAGGUUUGGGAGAAAAUGUUUUAAAGAGAAAGACAUUUAGUUGUUCUAGUGCUGAAACUAAGAAAGGGCCUUCAACUUUUAAUUUUAUGAAUGUAGAUCAGGAUUCAGUGAGAAAAAUAACCUCAAACGGUAAUAAGACUGUUUUUGUGCUUCCUGCAAUUUCAAUACAAUCUACUUCUGCUGAUCAAGUUUCUGUCACAAACUCAACGCUUUUGAAAAAAAUGAGCAAUGAAAGUUUGCCAAAUAGUGAAACUGUUUCAAGUUUGAAACAGAAUAUUUUAAAGAAAAAGACAUCCAGUUGUUCCAAUGUUGGCAAUGUAGGAGAAUGCCAAAACGAAGAUGAUACUAUAAAAUCAAAUUCGACUAUUGUCCAAAAUACGGAAGAUUCGAUUUUAACCUCUAAAUUACGAGAAAAACUUAAAGCUAGUGAGGAAGUUAAAAGAUGUAAGAGUUCAGAUGAAAUGCAACAAAAUGCGGAAAACUAUUCUAAGUUGAGCAAAUUAUGUUCAGCACAUGGCUUAAACUUGGAUGAUAUUUUUCGUAGGAAAGAGGUACAAGAAAUGUUGGAAAAAUUCAAAAAUAAUACUGAAGCUAUUGUUUUCCUUGGCACUCACAAAUGUCAAUCAACUGGAAAAAUUGAACCAACUGUGCAUGUUCACAAGUCCAAGAAAAUUUUAUUAGAAACUUUAGCAGCAAUCCAAAAUAAGAAUGGUGUCCAGAAUCCAAAUUCAGCUAAUGAUUCUAUUUUAAAUAAGUGCUAA